CACAAUGGAGGCACAAGGGGAGGGGAGGCGGGACAACAGUUGAGCGACGUCCAUGCGGUCCAAAACCGCGUCGAGGAAACGGAGCCGGGAAGUGACAGGCUUUCAAAGUGGCCAAUGGCGCGGGGGAAUGUUGUGAGGCGGGUGUAAGCAUUAGAGGAGAGUAAGAACCGGAGCGCUCAAGUAGGCAGAUCGCCGCUUCAGUUGCGUUGUUCUUUGUGGCUGCCAGGUCUUUGCUGGAAUGUGGAGAGCGUACUGUGGUUUGUUACAUUUGUCCAACAGGGUCAAGUACAGCAUGGUUCUGGAAGGAAGAUGGGUUCUACUCGAGUGACUGCAAAGGAGCUGUGUGAGAAUGACGACCUGGCUACUACAAUAGUGCUGGAUGCCUAUCUCGGAUUCAAGACCCAUAAGAUGAAUGUGAGCCCACUCCCAGCCAUCAGAAGAAAGCACCAUUUGCGAGAGGCGGUAGAGGCCUACCGGAAGCGCAGAGACCUAGAGGUGGCUUACCAAGCUUUGAUGCAGGGCGGAUGGGCCUGCCAGUACUUUCAGAACCGGAGCCAUCAGCAGGAGGCUGCAUUCAAGACUCAUAUAUUUCGCUACCUUCGCAUUUUCCUUCCCGAGAGCGGUUUUGCUAUCAAACCCUGUAGUCGCUAUUCCCUGGAAAUAAAUGGGGCCCGGGUUGUCGCUACAAAGUCAUGGAAGAAGAAUGACAAGCUGGAGCUUUUGGAGGGCUACAUUGCAGAAUUAACAGAGCCGGAUGAGAGCCUUCUGCGGACGGGUGAAAAUGACUUCAGCGUCAUGUAUUCCACGCGGAAACAAUGUGCUCAGCUCUGGCUGGGGCCGGCUGCUUUCAUUAACCAUGACUGCAGGCCAAAUUGUAAGUUUGUCCCAAUGGAUGGGAACACAGCCUGCGUCAAGGUGCUGCGGGACAUUGAGCCGGAAGAUGAAAUCACGUGCUUCUAUGGCGACGGCUUCUUCGGGGAGGACAACGAACUGUGCGAGUGCUACACUUGUGAAAGGAAGGGGGAAGGCGCCUUCCGUUUCCUGAAUCAGACACCUUCGCAAUCUACCUCAGACCCUGACAAAUACCUGCUGAGAGAGACGGAUGGCCGCCUGCAACGGUGGAAAGGGCAGUCGUGCAAACUGGCCCAACGCAGCGUGAAAACAGGGCGCAAGGCCCGGCACAGGAGGGCACGAUCACGGGGUGCCCUACGCAGUUCCCGCGGACGUUGCCGUUUUAGACUCCUCAAGCCUCUGUACAUCCCAUUGCACGAUUGCCUGGCCUGCAGUGCCCGCGGGUGCAAGAUCCGCAAGGAGCUGCUGGUGUACGUGCCUCGCUGCCCUCCUUCCAUGCUACCCGCGUUGCCCCCCAGGCGUUCUUUGCAUAGCAAGAGAAGCCGUUCGGGGACCAUGCAAGACUGCCGUUUCACAAGAAGGCGCAACAGGCCUGUGGUCUCGGGCUGGGCAGAACGGCGCAGCUUGUUUGUGGAUCUUGGCAAGAGAGUGGCCGUGGACUUGGCUGAGUCUGAGAGAGAAGGAGGGUGUGUGACAGGAGAGAGAGAUCCGUAUGAUGGCAACGGGAAACUUAGGCAGGGAUCUGAGGAGUGUGGCCCAGGAAAUGCGGAGGGGCGUUCUGAGGCCACUGAGCCGGGUACUUUAGGCUCUGCGGUGCUAGCCUCAGGGGAUCAAGAGCCCCUCGGUUCGGUUUCUUGUUCCUCCAGCCAGCUAUUAUACAGGACAAGGAGCAUGACCCGGCACCAAGGCCAGUCGCCCCCGCCGGCAGCAGACCCCAAACUUUCCCAGUAUGCUCAUGUCCAUCUUGGAGGCAGGCAGCGCUGGAAGCAGCCCCCUCCUGACAAGAUAGAGAAGGACCAGGCGGAGGAACAGCACCCCCCUAAACAAAUGCUCUCGUUCCCCCCUUUCAUGCCACCCAAGCGGCUCCGGCUAGUGGUGAGCCACGGCUCCAUCGACCUGGAGGUGGCUUCCAGCUCCUGCGAAGAGCUGCCUUGAUUUGACUUGAUUCGAAUAAAGGGGUGCCGAGAAGAGACCCCAAGUUUUUUUUUCUUCUGAACUUUGGUUGUUGAGAAGUCAGGACAAAAGCCACAUACCAGAAUUGGCCUGAAAGCAUCUCUUGACACACACACCCCCACCCCACAUUACCUUCUGUCCUGGCCUCAUACUUCUUGUGGGUAUCUGCGCUGAGGAUGCUGCCCUGCAAUCUACGCCUCUAUUUUUCUAACGCAGAUAGUUUCAUUUGUUCCCUUCCAGCCAGAAUUGGCCUGAAAGCAUUUCUUCACCCCCCACCCCACCCCACAUUAUCUUCUGUCCUGGCGUGAUACAGCCUCAUACUUCUUGUGGGGAUCUGCGCUGAGGAUUCCACCCUGCAAUCUGUCCCUCCAUUUUUCUAACGCAGAUAAGCUUCGUUUGUUCUCUUCCAGGGAACUCUUUCUGACCCACCCACACUUGUUUCCACCCCCCUCUUUUUAAAAGCACACUACCACCCGGUCAGACCUUACUUCAGAACUCUGAAACGUAAGCCAUAUGGUCGGCUGCAUGGAUGCUUGGGACUGUCUCGCCUUGCCCAUUUUGCUUAACUGCUUUCUCACUCUCGGGAGCCCUGCUGCCUUUUGACUCUAGGUUUCCUCACUCUCUAGUCUGUAGUAGUUUAACCACGAACUGUUCAGAGGAAUGGACCUGUCCACUGGCACGUGUGGCGCUCCGUUGUUCGUAGCCCACACCGAGGCUAUCACGAAAGAGUGACUUGUGGGCCAGAGAAACCGACAUCCAAUCAGGGAAGCCUCCUGUAUUAAUGUAAAUACAAACAAACCAGCAACCGCAAGUGCACAUUUGCAUGCAACCCAUUUAGCUUCAAAUCGAUGGCUGCCAUUUGCUGAACAGGUUGACCUGUAGGAUUAAUCCCCGCCCCUUCCUUUGGGUGCCCGCAGUUCCGAGACAUUUGACUUCCUAGUUUUAAAAACAGCCUUGUAUUGGCUGUUGGUUGUUUUGUUCCCCAGAGGGACUUUGACUCUAGUGCGUACUGUUUAUUUUUUCUUUUAAAGAAUCUGAUGGUAUUCAGGUUUUUUAAUUUGGUGUACAGUUCUCAGUUGAACUCGGUGGGAUUUUUAUGAUGCUGGUGAGUUAGAUUAUUUUAUGCAAAUAGUCCGUGUUGCAAGUCUAGCAGUAGAGAUUGAGAAAUUGUACUCCCCGGUUCUGUACAGAGCAUUGUGAUAAGGCUCGGUCCCUCAAUGAGGUGCUGGCCUGAGCAGAAUAAAUAUCUCUGCUUGUGAUGGUUGGAUUCCAUUCAAAA